UGUAGCUAAGGUACCACUGGAUCUCUCACGCCUACUCUAUUGGGAACAUCAUGGUCUGAGACGCGGUCAUAAUUCUGCUGUCGAUAUCAAGAGGGACGGGAGCCACUUGGCUCACAAAGCUCGAAGAUGCUGCCCUAUAUCAACACUCCGUUUUCAUAUGUCGCAGGAAAGCUGGGUGCUUCGACCGACGAGUUCAAACUCAUAUCUUCGUUCUUGAUAUCAUAUCCACUUGCAGCUGUCUUGAAGCGAUUGCCUGAUGACAAGCCACAUCUGAAAAACAUCUUCAGCAUCUCCGUCGCUCUGUUUUACCUUGUCGGCCUCUUCGACCUAUGGAGUGGUUUGUUUGUGGUUUUGUUUGAUGCCAUUGGCACAUAUCUGAUCGCAGCCUACAUUGGAGGACCUUAUAUGCCAUGGAUCGGCUUCACCUUCUUGAUGGGCCACAUGUCGAUUAGCCACAUUUACCGCAUGAUCGAAGAUAGCCCAAGCUCAGUUGAUAUCACUGGAGCGCAGAUGGUCCUCGUUAUGAAGCUUUCUGCUUUCUGCUGGAACGUCUGGGAUGGAAAGCAGAAAGAUGAAGACCUGAACGAUGUUCAAAAGGAGCGAGCUAUCAGACAACUCCCUAGUGUAUUGGACUACGCGGGGUUCGUGUCAUUCUUCCCGUCGAUCAUGGUUGGGCCGGCCUUUGACUAUGUGGACUAUGAACGAUGGCUCAACACUACUAUGUUCGCGCUGCCGCCCGGUACAGAUCCUGCAAAGGCACCACCAACGCGAAAGAAGCGGAAGAUUCCCAGAAGUGCGACUCCGGCUAUGUUCAAGCUCAUCACUGGCUUGCUGUGGACCGUCUCAUUCCUGCAGCUAUCCGCAUACUUUUAUCCCGAAAUGCUGCUCAGCGAGGAGUAUAAGGACAUGAACAUAUUCAAGCGCAUUUUCCAUAUGUAUGCGAUGAACUGUGUGCAGCGGAUGAAGUAUUAUGGAGUCUGGACACUGACUGAAGGCGCCUGCAUCCUGUCGGGUAUUGGGUACAAAGGAUUGAAUGCAAAGACUGGAAAACCUGAUUGGAAUCGCCUGACCAACAUCCAACCCUGGGGUGUAGAACUCGCUCAAAAUACUCACGCCUAUCUGGGAAAUUGGAACAUCAACACCAACCACUGGCUGCGUAACUACAUCUAUCUACGAGUGACGCCGAAAGGCAAAAAGCCAGGCUUCCGAGCCAGUAUGGCCACUUUCGUGACAAGUGCUUUCUGGCACGGAUUUGCUCCAGGUUACUACAUGGCAUUUCUCCUUGCCAGUUUCAUUCAAAAUGUUGCCAAGAAUGCCCGUCGACUCUUGCGGCCUUUCUUCCUCACGCCAGACGGUACCAAACCGACCAAAUACAAGCCAUACUACGAUGUCUUCACAUGGCUCGUCACACAGCUAGUCUUCUCAUUCACAACGACCCCUUUCAUCUUGCUCGACGUUCAUGACAGCAUGCUCGCGUGGGCUCGGGUGUACUUCUACGCCGUCAUCGGCGUUGCAGCAUGUAGUGGGUUCCUGGCAUCACCCGGCAAGGCCUGGCUGCAGAGAAAAGUCAAAGCUCGCAGUGGUAGUGGCAGGCCCCAGCUCCAGAAGGCCGAUAGCUUCGAGAAUAUGUCUGGAGCGACGCUGGGUGUACCUUCGGAACCUGGCCAAGAAUUUGAUGAGAUGGUUGACGAGAUUGUGGAAGAAGUGCGAAAGAGGAAAGGUCAGCAGGCGUUUCCUGAUGCCCAGGAGUUGAGACGCAGGGUAGAGACUGCAUUGAAGAGGGAAACGAGUGAUGAGAAGAAGAGUGCGAAGGAGCUUUGAGGUGCAAAGUCGUUUCAACGAGUUGGGAUCCAGGCGAACAAAGUAGAGCUGUUAGAAACAGAGGCGGUAUUGGUGUCCCUAGCAAUUCAUAUAGUAGCACUGCACACGAUGAGUCUAUAGAGUUGCCAAGCUUUC